UUUUCAGUUCAGAAUUUUUAAUUUGGUAAAAUAGUCCAAUUUAGUUUUAAAAUCAUAUAAUAUUAUAUAUAUAAUAUAUUUUCGUUUUGUAUAAGUUUUAAUGAAUACAUUGAAGGCAUUGUCAGCUAUCGCAUCUCGAGAUGCAUUGCAUGCAAGCAGUGCGCUCUUGAAACAUCAGACGCGAACGUGCGCGUCCAUUCGUUCAGUGCAGAAAAACAAGGAUGUCGAUACUACUGAACAUGAAUAUCCGCGCAAAGUUUUCUCUGGCAUCCAACCCACUGGUGCAUUACAUUUGGGCAACUACUUAGGUGCGGUACAAAAUUGGACGAGACUGCAGAACGCUAAAGAAGAUGUGACAUUUUGUAUUGUGGAUAUGCAUUCGAUGACAAUUCCCCAGGAACCAGUGGCUUUGCGAGAAAAUAUCUUUCAAAUGGCGGCGGCCAUGUUGGCCUGUGGCAUUGAUCCUGAGAAAUCCACCCUCUUUGUACAGUCGGCAGUGAAGGAGCAUGCGGAGUUGUCUUGGAUUUUGGGCUGCAUGACAACAAUGGCACGAUUGAGCCACUUGCCACAGUAUAAGGAGAAAACUCGUGCUGUAAAAGAAAUACCACUGGGGUUGUUUGUGUAUCCUGUGUUGCAGGCGGCGGAUAUAAUGCUUUACAAAGCUACACAUGUGCCCGUCGGCGAGGAUCAGUUGCAACAUAUACAACUCACCCAACAUUUGGCACGUACAUUCAACAACAAAUACGGCGAUACAUUCCCGAUUUGCCAUGCCGUCAUCAGUGAUAAGUCCGCUGCGCGCAUACGCUCAUUACGUGAUCCGAGUAAAAAGAUGUCCAAGUCCGAUGGUGAUCCCAAAGCGGUCAUCAAUCUAACCGAUGAUGCAGACGUGAUUAUAGAGAAGGUGAAAAAAGCAGUUACAGACUUCUGUUCGGACGUGCACUACAAUCCGGAAACGCGUCAGGGCGUUAGCAAUCUUAUAAGCAUACACUCACUGCUCUCCGGCAAGAAUGUGCAGCAAAUUUGCGAAGAAGCCAAGAGCAUAGAUACUGGCAAAUAUAAGAUGCGCGUAGCUGAAGAGAUUGUAGAACAUUUGCGGCCUAUACGCAAUAAAAUCAAUCAGCAGCUGGUGCGACGCAAUGAAUUGAUGUAUUUGUUAGAGAUGGGCGCUGACAAAGCGCGUGAAACAGCCGCUGCUACUUUAGCGGAGGUCAAACAAAAGUUGGGACUUGGUGCUUGUGCUAUUAUGCCAACUUUACUAGAACAUAAGGAGGAGGUGAAAAUGGCGGCGAAACCUAAAAAGCCAGCAGUUGAAACGAAAAAGAUUGGCGAUGUAGAGGUGCCAUUGGUGCCGAAGCAGCAAUUGCGCGUCGAAAAAAAGAAGCAGAUGCGUGUUGAAAUCAAAACCAAUGUGGAUAUGGACUUAGCUGUGCCGCCAAAAUUAGAUGUUAAACCGGUAGUGUCGUCAAAUAAAACAGCAGCAGUUGAGUCGUCGGCACCAGUCACAACGAAAGCUUUAGUACCGAGAAAGAUGACAGUAACGCCGUUGGACUCCAACGAAUCGAAGAUGGACAAACAGCAAAAGGAGAUCAAGAUCUAGGGCGCAGUUUAGCAAAAUUGUUGGUAUUGACCAUAAAUUGUUUCUUUCUGUAUUUGUUAAUUUUGUGUGUGAGUGAGUGAUUAUUUAAAUUCUGAGUGUUUUAGAUUAUUUUUUAGAACGUUUAUUUUAUUUUCUGCUUUACUUUGUAAAAUAUUGAUAAGUGAGUGAAUUUGCUACUUAAACUUGAACGAAGAAUCACUGAAAGAAGGAAUAUCACAUAAGCUUUAAGCUUUAUGAUAAAUUAAUAAAGAUAUUUUUUGAACAUUAUAAUGUUAUGAAAUAUAUGUAAAUGCGGGAAAUAAAUAUGCGCUGUUGGAGAAAGAAA